AUGAAUCCGGCCAACAACAACCCAGUUGCAGCUCCUGCCCUAGCUCCGCCGCGAAAUCUGCCGCAGCCUCACCGUACUUCCACCUCCUGCGAUCGUCACCCGGAGGAGCGUUUCACCGGAUUCUGCCCUUCUUGUCUCUUUGACCGUCUCUCUGUUCUAGACGCCACUACCAUCAACAACAACAACAGCAACGCCGUCGCUUCUUCUUCUUCCUCCAGGAAACCGCCGUCUUCUUCUACUUCCUCCGCCGCUCUUAAGUCAAUCUUCAAGCCCUCGUCUUCCUCUGUAACCGGCAUUCCUGGGCUAUUGUUCCCAGAACUUCGGAGGACGAAAUCGUUCUCGGCGGCAAAGAACGAAGCUUUAGCGUUAUCUCUGGGUGCGUUUGAGCCGCAGAGGAGAUCUUGUGAUGUGAAGGUUCGAAAAACUCUGUGGUCUCUGUUUCACGAAGACGCCCAUUGUGAGAUUGAUUCGCCGGUUUUCGAGGGAAAAGCGGUGGAAACAGAAAUUGAAAGCGAGAAGGACAUUAAUUGUGGGAAUCUCGAGGAGCCCAGAAGUUUAAUCGACGAAAUAGUCGAAGAAGAAGAAGAAGAAGUAGUUGAAGAAGAGGAGGAGACGGAGAAAGUGAAGGAGGAAGAGCAAAUGGAGAUAAAUCCUGAGACUAGGAAGACGACUGCGGGGAGUUUCUGGUCGAAUUUCAGCAAGAGGUUGCAGAAAUGGAGACUGAAGCAGAAGCUUAAGAAGCACCGGAGCGGCGGAAUCGGCGCCGGAUCGAGCGGGUUACCGGUGGAGAAGUCAAUCGGGAGGCAGCUCAGAGAUACCCAGUCCGAAAUCGCCGAGUACGGUUACGGCCGGAGAUCGUGCGACACAGAUCCGCGGUUUUCAAUCGACGCCGGAAGGUUCUCGCUUGACGCCGGGAGGAUCUCUUUCGACGCCGGUAGGGUUUCGGUGGACGACCCUCGUUGCUCGUUUGACGAGCCGCGCGCGUCUUGGGACGGGUAUAUGAUCGGAAGAGCAGCCGCUCCGCCGCGAAUGCGUUCAAUGUUAUCCGUCGUUGAAGAUUCUCCGGUGAGUAACCAUGUUCUCCGAUCAGAUACGCAAAUUCCGGUGGAAGAACCAUCACCGUUACCAACACCAGUAAUGGAUGAGAUCGUCCCCGGUGGAUCUGCGCAGACCAGAGAGUACUACACGGACUCAUCUUCGCGACGGAGGAAGAGCUUCGACCGUUGUAGCUCCACCAGAAAGUUAUCAGCUUCCGUCGUCAUCUCCGAAAUCGACGAGCUAAAGCUCUCUGCUUCAACUACUAAAGUCUCGCCUUUUCAUGACGCGAUUUCACAUUCGCGUUCGCGUUCGAACUCGUUGAGAGACGAUUGCUCCGCUGAGAAUUUCGAGAUUGGUGUGAGAGAAAACGCAGGGAGUGUCAAGAAGGGGACGAAGAAGCCUAAGAGAUGGAGUUGGAACAUAUUUGGGCUGCUUCAUAGGAAAAAUGGGAACAAGUACGAAGAAGACAAUGAUACGUGGAAUGUAGAUAAGAGGAAAGGGUUUGAUCCGAGGAAGAUGAGGAGCAAUAGUAGUGUGAGUUGGAGAAGUUCCGGUACUACCGGAGGAGGAGGAGGAGGGAUUCGACGGAAUAGUGUGGAUGGAUACGUUAGUGGGAAGAAGAAGAAAGUUAGUGGUAGUAGCAAUGAGAGGAAGAUUGAGGAUGGAAUGUUGAAGUUUUACAUGACACAGAGUAAAGGAAAGCGAAGAGAUGAUGCCACUGGACAGACGAACCGGUCUGUUCCAGCUUCUCAUUCUAUGGCUAGAAACUUAUACUGA